AGAAUUAAGUUGUGAUCAGUGGGAGCCAAAUAUGUAGGUCAUCAGCUGACCGAGGGGCGGGUACAUUCAUUGUGCGCCCCGAACGCGCGCUUUUUACGCACGACACCUUUAUGUGAGCCAGGCUAGAUGCUAAAAUAGCUCCACCGCUGGCCUCUCAGUCUGCAGGUCCACAAAAGACACGCGUUAUCGCUGCGGUUACCCGGUCAGAACCAGCGGUCUUCACAUCCAAAGGGGAAGUGCCAUUGGCCUGCGACAAACUAAGCUAUGGGCAAAAAGUCUCGCGAAGAGGAUUCAUCAUCUUCUGAAGAGGAAGAAUAUGUUGUGGAGAAGGUGCUGGACAGGCGGGUGGUGAAAGGCAGGGUUGAGUUCUUCCUGAAGUGGAAAGGAUACUCAGAAAAGCACAAUACGUGGGAGCCCGAGAAGAAUCUCGACUGCCCCGAACUCAUUUCAGAAUUCAUGAAGACGUACAAGAAAAGCAGCAGCAGCGGUGGUAGCUCCACACCUAGCAGCGGGGCCAGCAAAUCAAACACAGGCUCUUUAGGACGCUCCAAAGAGUCCAGUACCUCAAAGAAGAGAAGCUCAGACGACGAUGAGGAGGGUGGAAGUAAGCCCAAAAAGAAGAAGGAGGAUGAGAUUUUAGUUGCACGCGGCUUUGAGAGAGGACUUGAACCAGAGAAGAUCAUUGGAGCCACUGACUCAUGUGGAGACCUGAUGUUUCUUAUGAAAUGGAAAGACUCUGAGGAGGCCGAUCUGGUGCUUGCCAAGGAGGCCAAUCAUAAGUGCCCACAGAUAGUCAUAGCCUUCUAUGAGGAACGUCUCACCUGGCAUGAAGACAGUGACAAGAAGGAGAAGGACGCUGUCACCGCAUGAGUGCAUCACCUCAGGAGGAAACAGGACCUCCUCCACUGCAGGGACUACCUUUUGAGUCAGAUAUUUUUCACACCGAAAAAUCCCAUCCUCCCCCUUUACCAUGUCCGACAACAACAUAUAGACAGUGGACACAGUCGUUUUAUCUCCAUUCUUGCCCCUGCGGAGCACAAGGGCCCAGACUGCUGAGAACGAUCCAUCAGACGGGAGGAGAAGCUGUAGUGGACAUGGGUGAUAUGCUACUGGGGUUAGGGUUUCUGCUGUUUUGUCUUCGUACUCUUUACCUUCUUUUUUUUUAAAUGUCUUAACACAUCAUGUUUUAGUCCGUACAGGAUGCUGUUGUGUCAGUAAGGUAUUUUGCAUCCACAGCCAUCUGUUAAAACCCAGAACGUAGUCGAGAGUCAGAGGUGGUACAAGCUGCAUUGACCACGUGUCUGUUCCACAUCAGGUGCACAUCCCCCAUGCUAUAGUCUUUAUAGGCAGUGCACCUCUUUGCUUUAAGAACCCACUGACAUCGCUGAAGAUAAAACUGUAGUUGUGAUAUUCAGGAAACAACCACCGCAGCACUUUCCUGACUGCAUAAUCACUUCCUUUUUUAAGACUUUUUAUCUCCUCUAGAUUUCUCAGUCUGUCCCGUCUUACCAGGGUAUAAUUACUCAAUUUGCAAAGUUGCAGAUGACACCGGCCAAUUAUGUCUUUAUAAUGAAUGAUAUCCUUGUUCCCUUUUUUUUCCCCCCUUCCUUUUAAAAUGUAAUUUUUAUCUCCUCAUUUCCAAGUUUUAAUGUAAAACUGUGUGGUCUUUUUUUUGUUUUGUUUUGUUUGUUUGUUUGUUUUUAUUUCUUUAAGCGCUCACCAGUUUAGAAAAGGACAAUAAAACAACUUUUGCUCUGUUUUGUACCUUUUUUUUUGUUUUGGUUCUUUUUAACUGCAGUGAUCUUUGGACCAGUCUCAUGCAAACCGGUUAGACAAUCGUCACUGUAUCCACAUGCAAUGAAACCAGCAUUCAUCACCAGUCAUUAGGUUCUGCCACCUUGUGGCUAAAAGAUGAAAGUCUUUUGGACCAAUUUAUGAUUACAGCCCUGCGGUUUUAACGGUGUUAUGAUCUUGUUAGUGAAACUUUGGUAUAUUUUUUUUACAGUGUACAGUGGUAAAUUCCACUCGGCAAUUAGAGUACCGGUAUUUGUUGUUGAUAUCAUUGUAAUGUUAAUUUGAAACAAUAAAACCAGUUUCUGAUUGGAUUAUG